CCUUUGCUUCUCAAAACUCAAUCGAUUAGAAAGGAAGCUGCUUUUGGUUAGGGUUUAAGCCGUUAAAACCUUUUUCUAAAUCCAAACGCCACCGAAUCAAUCAAAUGGCGAUGGCUAUGAGACUUCCAGCGAUUUCUAGAGCGGUGACGGAAGUGGCUUUAGCUCCGGUUGGUUUGAGACGGCUCUUCUGUUCAAAUGCUUCCAGGUUCUCUUUUUUGUCCCCACAAGCUGAAACUCAAACACCGGCUCGCCCUCAGGCUGAACCUAGCACCAAUCUCUUCGUCUCCGGGCUAAGUAAGCGUACCACUUCUGAAGGACUUAGGACAGCUUUUGCUCAGUUUGGCGAAGUUGCUGAUGCUAAGGUUGUCACAGACAGAGUAUCAGGAUAUUCCAAGGGGUUUGGAUUUGUUAGAUACACCACCUUAGAAGAUUCUGCAAAAGGCAUAGCUGGAAUGGAUGGAAAGUUUCUUGACGGCUGGGUCAUAUUUGCAGAGUAUGCAAGACCAAGAGAGCAAUCACAGUCAUACCAACCUCAGAACAACAUGUCUCGUCCUCCAUAUUAUGGUAACCGCUAGAGAGACAGCUUUCUUAUGAAAUCUUUCUAUUCAAAUUUGUGCUUCAUUCUAUCCUCUUCUAUAUGAUCAAACUGUUGUCUCAGUGGCUUGUUAUUACCCUAGAAGUUGAGAAACUCGAAAUUAAUAUUUUAUGAGUAAUAACCAAAAACUGUCAUUUACAAGACAAUGCUAAGUGUAAUAGCUCGUCAAGAGGAAGAUAUGAGUAUUUUGGCUUACAUGGCUUAAGUCU